CUCAAGAGAAAGAGAAAGAGAAAGAGUAAGAGAGAAGGGAGUUAGCUGCGCCGGAGAAAAAUGCGUCUUUUCGAUCCAUGGCCUGUGUUCUUCAAGCGCGAAUUCAAGCGCAACUGGCCCUUCCUCGUUGGAUUUGCCACCAGCGGGUUCAUUGUAACCAAAUUCUCUCUCAGUCUUACUGAGGAGGAUGCCAAAAAAUCGCCAUUCGUUCAGCAGCACAGGAGGUAA